AUGUUCUACGGGAUAACCAUAACAGACUUGCGACGGUUGGCGUUUACUGUGGCAGAAGAGCUAAAAAUUAGCCACAACUUUAAUAAGGAAACCCAGAUGGCUGGUGAGGAUUGGGUUGCAGGAUUUCGGAAAAGAAAUCCUCAGAUCAGUUUGCGGAAACCAUCUGCUACAAGUCUUAGCCGAGUAAUAGGGUUCAACAAACCGGAAGUAGACUUAUUUUUUAAGAACCUCGAAAAUCUAAUAGACAAACACAAAUUUCCAGCCAGUCGAGUCUUCAACAUGGACGAAACUGGGAUUUCAUCCGUUCAGAAGCCUGGCCACAUUCUAGCACCAAAGGGCCAGAAACAAGUUGGUGGAGUAACUAGUUGGGAAAGAGGACGAAACGUCACCGUAGUCUGUGCCUUCAGUGCAUCUGGCCAGUAUGUACCCCCGAUGUUUAUUUUUCCAUGGAAAAGAAUGACGCCUCUUCUUGAACGCGGUGGACCACCCGGUUCGAUUUAUGGUUGCCCUCACAACGGCUGGUCUAAUGAGGAUCUGUUUUUGGACUGGUUGCAACAUUUUAAAUCCGUUUGCAAGCCAACUGAAGACGAACCGGUUCUCUUGGUUCUGGACAACCAUGGGAGCCAUAUUUCCGUGGACAGCUACACAUUCUGCCGCAAGAAUCACAUUCACAUUCUGUCGAUACCUCCUCACACAUCACACAAGAUCCAGCCACUAGAUGUGUCCUUUUAUGCUCCGCUGAAAAGCGCUUUCAAAAAGAAGUGUGACAAGUUUAUGAGGGCUAAUGUUUAUCAGAAAAUCACACCCUACGACAUUGCUCACAUUUUCAACCAAGCUUAUAUGAAUGUGGCGACCAUAGAAAAAGCCAUAUCAGGCUUUGAAAGCACAGGUAUUCAUCCAGUAAAUCGAGACAAGUUUAAAGAAGAAGAUUUCGUGUCUGAAUGGCGUUUAAGAGCACCUGUCAUUGAGGACCCAGAUGGCGAGGAAAAUCUUGAAGAAGAAUCUCAAACCAAGCUUAACAACAAUCUAUCUCAGACUCCUGUGAACAACGAAUCUAAUAUAGACCAAAACCAAGUCUCUGAAGAGCCAACAGUUGCUAUCAAUAAGCAGGAUGGUUACAUAGGGCUGCCAGGACCAUCGGAAAUGUCAAAGAAAAUCACUUUAGAACCAACCUCUAACUGCAGUGGAAGUAUUACAGCAGUUAUAAAUAAGUUUUCACCACUCCCGGCUUUUGCAGCUGACCAGAUAAAAGGAAAUUCUAGGCGGAAAGGCCAGUCAUCAAUCUUGACAUCAACUCCAAUGAAAGCAACUCUAGAAGAAGCUUUAGAAAAAAGGAAACAGAAAGAUUUGAAAAAAUUUAAUUCUGCCAAAUGGGCAGCAGCAAAACUAUUGACAAGCAAGUUAGACAUAGGUCUUUCGCCUAAAAAGAGACCACGUAUUAAGAAAGAAGGGACAAGAAAACCUGGAAGGAAAACUAACGCAAAACGUGGCACCUGUAGACGUCAAAGACUUUAG